AUGUGCGACGUCGAGGAUCGCGCUGCCAUGGGGGCCGCAGCACAGGGCGACUCCCUGGACCCUGCGCGCAGCGCCUCGUUCCCCGCGGCGCCUCCCCUGGAAGACGCGGCCUCCGGGCUCGCGCUGGGCAGGCCCGCGACGCCAACGAUCGACGUCAGCAGGCUCGAGAACGGCAGCGAGCUGGGCGAGGGCGCGUUCGCGCGCGUGAAGAUGUACGACUACGUCGACGCCGAGGGCCUGAGCGUCAAAGUAGCCAUGAAGAUGCUACGCCGCAACUCGGUACGCUCUCUGCGCGGAAUGCAGCGCGAAAAGCUCCUCGCGACGCUCCUGACGCAGCUCGGGGGCCACGACCACAUCGUGAUGGCGUACCCGCUCGACGUCCCGGGCCCGGACGACGCGGCGGGCGUCAAGUCGGGCUCCGUGCGGCGGAUCAUAUGUGAGGGGGUUGGCGGCGCGGAGGACGACUUGGGCGAGGAGGGGCCGAGCGUGCGUAGCCAGGGACAGGACGCGAUCAUGGCGCAGGAGUACGUCCCGGGAGGCAACCUCCGGGACCUGAUCUUGCGGCAGCGGGAGGCGCGGCUGCAAGGAGCGGAGCCUGCGUACACCCCCGCGACGGCGCUGGGCGUGCUCGCGGACGCCGCGCAGGGCAUCGCGUUCCUGCACGGCUGCGAGCCGAUGAUCAUCCACAGGGACGUCAAGCCGGAGAACAUCCUCCUGCUCGACGAGGACACGCACGGCGCGCCGGGCGGGCGGAUUCGCGCGAAGAUUUGCGACUUUGGGCUCUGCGCGUUCGUCGACCGUAGCGGCCGGGUCGACGGCGGGGCCGCGGUCCUCGGGUCGGACCUCAACAGCCGGCGCGGGUCCAGCGAGGUCGCGCCGGCGCUCGAGCGGCACAGGGCCCUGACGCAGGCGCGGGGGGGGUGUAGCCAGUGCUCGGGGGAGUCGGUGGCGCGCGCGACGGUCCCCGGGCGCCUCGAGCAAGGCAGCGUCACGUCGCAGCACGUGCCGCAGAAUCCGUCGCGGUUCGCCCCGAGCUGCACCGAGCGCAUGAUGCAGCACACCCCCCCCGCGCAGCCCCCGCCGCGCACCGGCGGCACCGACGUCGAGCUGCGCAGCGGCGAGGGCGGCAGCGCGACCCGCGCCCUGCCGCCGCAGACGUCCACGGUCGACCUCGCGGCGGAGGCCGAGGGCGGCACCUCGUGGCCCGGGAAGCACGCGGACGGGCCGGGGGAGGCCCGCGGGCUGCUGUGUCUGACUGGCAGCACUGGCACGGUGCCGUACAUCGCGCCGGAGAACUUCGCGGGGGGGGAGUAUGACGAGAAGUGCGACGUGUUCUCGCUCGCGCUCGUGAUGUACGAGGUCAUGACGGGGGACGUCCUCUCGCGCAAGUACCACCUCGAGCGGUCCGCGCUGUCUGGGAGGGAGUUCAUGCAGCGCCUGAGUCAGGGCUGGAGGCCCCCGCUGCCGGCGGACCCGGCCUGGCCCGCGGAGGCGCUCGCGGUGAUGCAGCGGGCGUGGGCGCCGGCGCCGCAGGACCGGCCGAGCAUGCACGAGGUGGCGUGCGCGUUGCAGGAGGCGGCGGGCCGCGCGGGGCCUGGCGGCGCGGGGCCGAAGGCGGCGCGGGUGAAGCGCACGCAGAGCGCGAAGUCGCGCAAGGGGAAGUGCGCGGUGUCCUGA